CUCUGAAGCUGAAGCACACACACACACACACACACACACACACACACACACACACACACACACACACACACAGACACACACACACACACACACACACACACUGUGUUCAGGCAGAGGAGACAGAGCUCUUCACUCAGGAGAAGAUGUUUCUCUUUGUGUUCCUCAGCGUACUUGCGAUCACCAGAGGAACGAGGUUACCAGGCUCAUGCAGCUUUCAGAAGACCAUGUGUGACUACACGCCAGAUUCUGCGUUUCUCACUUGGAACCUCAAUCCUAAUGAUCAUUUCAUUACAGUGGAUGUGACCUCGCAGGGAGAAGGAGAUAAGGCGUUUCUGUUAGGUCCUUAUGUGGAGUUGCAGGAUUGGAGCUGUUUCAGACUUGUCUAUCAGAUCACCGUCUCUGGCUCUCUUCGGGUUCUCUCUCGUUCAGAUGGAGAGAGUUUUGACCGCACACUUUGGUCAGCCAGCAGUCCCUCUGAGAGCUGGAUCGUCACCACCAUAGACCUGCAGAACUCCACCGAACCGUACAAGAUUGUGAUAGAAGGUGGGCGUGGCUCGGCUGAAGGCAGCAGUGUGUCCAUCUUUGAGAUCGACAUUUCAGAUAAAUACUGCAUCGAGUGUGAUUUUGAAGAGUCUCACCUGUGUGGGUACGUGAAUCAGUGGAGUGGAAAUGUGAACUGGUAUGUGGGGAGAGGAGCUCCAAGUAAACCUACACUCGGUGAUGGACCAGGUCAUUACAUGUACGUGGAUUCGAUUCACUCGAGGACUUUGAAGGAAGUGGCCACGCUGGUGUCUCCCAUCACGUCUGCGCCCAUGUGGGGAUGUCUGAGUUUUCAGUAUCAGCAGGACCAUGCCGAGGGUCACAUGUUCUCUGUGUACAGCAGGGACCGAGCAGGGCAGUACAGUGAGCUGUGGAGAGCAGACCAACCAGAGAGCAACCAGCUGGAGCAGGAAACCCAAACUCAUGUGUGGAUACCUGUACAGGUCCCACUGAGUGCCCCCUACCCCCUACAGGUGGUAUUUGAGGUUUCAUUUAACAGUCCUAAAGGAGGUCGUGUGCUGCUGGAUGAUGUUGCGUUUUCUACAGAGUCAUGUUCUGCAGAAACAGAGCCUGUGUUUGACCCCUCAGUUGCAGAUUGUGACUUUGAGCUGGGAUUUUGUGGAUACACACAGAAACUGAUGGACAAUGACAUGUGGAAACGAGUCUCAGUGCGGCCCAAUAUGUACCGUGAGGGAGACCACACAACUGGGAGAGGUUCCUUUCUGAUGGCAAGUUCACGCUUCAUCAUGCAGUCUGGUUCAAUCAGCAGGCUGUUCGGACCGGCUCUUCCCGGGAAGCAGAAGUUCUGCCUCAGGUUCUUCUACUCUCUCAGAGGAUUCAUUAAAUCUGAGAACACUUUAGUAGUGUAUCUGCACAACAGCAGCACUAUGAGACAAUCCACAAAAAGAGUGUGGAGCUCAAGUGAAACGACCAGAGACGUGUGGAUUCAGGUGGAGCUCAAUAUCCAGACCCAGAACAUCACUCAGGUGAUGUUCGCGAGUUUGUGUAAAAGUUUUUGGAACUGUGGUACUGCUGCUCUCGAUGACAUCAGCCUUCGCCUCGGGGACUGUGAGCUUCCACAAGGUUCUCCUUUGUUGGUUCCUUCACACUGUGACUUUGAGAAAGGACUUUGUGGAUUCAGUCAGGAGAAGGAGCGUGACACCUCAAACUGGGUUCUGAUCAGAGGACCAACACCAACCUCCUACACUGGACCUAAAAGAGAUCACACCACAGGAGUGGGUCAUUAUUUGUACAUUGAGGCGUCCCUGAUGCUGCCAGGUCAUAAUGCCCUCCUCGUGUCCCACCCCCUCCGUGGUUCCAGGGCAGCUCAGUGCUUGCUCUUCUUCUACCACAUGUAUGGUUCUGGAACAGGCUCUCUCAGGGUUCUGCUGCGUUCCGACCUGGAGGAAGGAGACACAGUGCUGUGGGAAAGGAGAGGAGAACAGGGCAUCUCCUGGAUGAAAGCAUCAGUCACCUAUCAGUACCACCAUCAGCACCAGAUUGUAUUUGAAGCCACCAAAGGGACAUCGAUACUGAGUGAUACUGCCAUUGAUGAUAUUACAUUUCAAAAGGGACCCUGCAAAGACAUGAAGUUCUUUGGAAAACAUCUAUAAUCUUUGAAACGUCCAGUCUUCAUGCUCUAUAUGGUGCUCAGUGAAUAGACCUUUCAUCUUUCAGUUAAUCAGAUCUGAUUAUGAUCAAACUCAACAUUUCAUUAAUAUCUGAUCAACUUUAAUCUCUGAAAACAGCUUUAUAAAGUUACUUUUACAGAUCAUAAUCUCUCAUUCUGUGUUUAUUAUACAGCCUUUUCACUGUGUUCAGAUGUGUGUUUAAGAUCAUUCCAUACACUAAUGAGAUCCUGUACAAUAAAGUGUGUUAUAAAGUA